CCCCUGAGAUAGGCCUUACGAGUGCCCCACCUUUCGGUUUUUUCGCACUUCGUUCCGCCGGUCUAGGGUUCCGAUCCCUUCUCUCCCACUCCAAUUCGCACCAGGCAUGAUCAUCCGACCCUCUCACCCCAUCCCUUUUCGAUCACAACCCUAGCAUUUGAUCCACUAGGGUUUAGUCUCCGAUCCGAGAGAGAGAGAGAGAGAGAGAGAGAGAGAGAGAGAGAGAGAGAGAGAGGCUGUGAUGGUGGAUCAAGAAGAAGAGGAUCUGCAGAUGGCGCUGCGCAUGAGCCUGCAGCCCUCUCCGCCGGAGGCAAAGCGCAGCAAGCCCCGAGAAAAUGCGGCCCCGAUUCCGGACGAGUCCCCGGAAGCGAAGAAUCGGAGGCUGCAGCGGGAGCUUAUGGCGGCAGCUGCAGAGAAGCGGAUGCUUUUGGCGAAGAGCAGCGUUGCUGUACCUAAGGUGGAGAAAACCGUUGCAGCGGGUCCAACGGGCAGCAGCCAGAGAGUGGAGCGGGCGGCAGCCGGUUCAGGAGAAAAGGAUAGGGAUUUGAGUUCUGGCGGGGAAGAGCUGUCAACUGUGGAUGCAGAUCAGUUGUUUUCGAUGGUGUUUGGGGCUGGUGUCUCAAGGGACAUUCUCGUGCAGUGGAGCAAUCAGGGGAUCAAGUUUAGCUCCGAUCCAGAAACAUGUAUGGGUCUCGUGCAACAUGAAGGGGGCCCCUGUGGGGUGCUCGCAACCUUACAGGCAUUUGUCCUCAAAUACCUUUUGUUUUCUCCAGAUGAAUUUGGUAAAACUACAACCAACACACCUUCACAAAAUUUCGGCGCAAGAAGACUUUCUCAAAGUUCAUGUGUUACAUCGGGAGAUUUUGCUUCUCUAACUGAAGAUGAAAAAACAAGAGCUCUGGUUCUCAGUAUGGUAGAAAUAUUGUUUUCAUGCGGAACUAAGAAAAGGGCGGUGGUUGCAACACUUAGUGUUCUUAGUCAUCUCCCUGAGUAUGGGUCUGAAGACGGUCAGAAUGAUGAGAUGGUUGCAAAAGCCCUUGAAGGUAUUUCGAUUGAAUCAGCAUCAGAUUUGCAGAAAGUUUUAAGAGUUAAAGCAUAUGAUUCAACAAUGGGUGCUUUCCACCGGCUUAAAGCAAUGCUUCCUGUUUUCCAAAGUCGUAUGGGCGCAAUGCUAUUCCUCAUCUCUGCACUACUUUCUCGAGGACUGGAAUCCGUUCAAGCAGACAGGGAUGACCCUAGUUUACCGUUAGUCACUGCUCCAUUUGGACAUGCCUCACAGGAAAUUGUAAACCUACUGCUUUGCGGGCAGGCUGUCCCAAAUGUAUUUGACGGUAGAAUGGAUCUGGGAGGCGGCAUGUUCCUCAAGGGCAUACCCACCAGUGUGGAAGUUGGCUUCCUUACCCUGUUGGAAUCUCUCAACUUCUGCAAGGUUGGCCUGUAUCUGAAAUGCCCAAAAUGGCCAAUAUGGGUGGUUGGAAGUGAGUCCCACUACACAGUACUUUUCGCUCUCGAUACCAGCGUGCAAGAUGAAAAUGAACUGGAAGCGCGAGAAUCGCAGAUCAGGAGAGCGUUCGAUGCCCAAGACCAAAGUGGCGGAGGAGGUUUCAUCAGUGUGGAAGGUCUCCAGCAAGUCCUUAGGGAAACAAGCAUCAACUUGCCAGCUGAAAAGCUCGAUCAUCUAUGCAGCACAGGGUUCAUAGUAUGGAGUGAAUUCUGGCAGGUCUUGCUUGAGUUGGAUAAAAGCAUGGGAGGGUUGAAGGAUUCGACUGGACUGAUGGGCAAGAAGCAAUUUGAUCUCUAUCAUUUUAAUGGGAUUGCCAAGUCGGUAUCGAAUGGCACCCAAACAACAGGAGGGGAGAGUCCACUGCAAAGGCCGAGGCUUUCGAAAUUGAGAGUCUCUGUUCCGCCAAAGUGGACGCCUGAGGAGUUCAUGGCAGAUGUCGUUGUGCCCAGUUCAAGUAGCGAACCCAGUGGGAAAGAUGGUGUUGUUGAGGUGAAUCAGCCGGAGCCUUCUCAGCAUGCACCAUUGGUGGACUGCAUUAGGACCCGCUGGCCCCGUGCCAUAUGUAGUUGGGUCGGAGAUCCCCCCAGUAUAGUCUGAGGUUGUUACAAGCCUCCACACCCCACAGCAAAUAAAGGCCGCAAUCAUUCUUAUAAUCUGUUGUUGUAAAGAUCCAAAGUCAGAAAGUUUGAUCUGAAUCGAGGAAGUGCUGCCUAUUCUUCUCAAAUCAGCAAUCAACAGGAAAGAGAAAUCCUUUUUCACUUCGUUGGAGAUGGGAGUCAAGUUAUUACUGUAACCAUCAGGGUUCGACUUCUUCAGUUACAUUAGUGAACGGAGGAGUCGGCAGACAGCGAUCUUGAUUGGAAGUGUAAUUUUCAUUUGAUAUGGCUUUCUGCUCAAAUCUGUUAUCGGUUUUGUAUGCGUAGCUUGUUUUCAGGAAAGAGUUGUUUCACAGGGGAGGCAGUUUUUAAUUCGUUUCUGGGUUUUCAAGUUGUUCAAAGUUGUAAUAGUAAAUUUAUUUCUUGCUUCUAGCAAAUUAAAUUUGGACCCUUCUCCCUCGCCAUUUUUGUUGUUGGUGUAAAAAAGAACGAGAGAGACGAAAGACGAAUACAAGCAUGGUGUGGUGCAAUCAGUUAGAAUUUUGAUGUUACUUCUGUCACAUGGGGCAACCAUCUGCUGUGUUGAUUUGGGACCUACACCUUAUCAAUUAUAGUGUCUUUGGACCUGAUAAAAUUGAAUGGUUCGUAAUGAACCACUUUCAGUAUUUGCUAACAGCGGAACAUUUGUCUGGGGUUGUGGAGAAGGCAAGUUAAUCUAAAUACAAUUUGCAUCUUUUGAAUUA